AUGGUUUCAUUAUCAAAAAAGUCUCCUGACGAACGAUUAAAUAUUUGUCCUGGUUUUGCUUUUUUACCACUUCUUUGGUUUAUUAAUGCUAUUUGGUUUUAUAAACAAGCUUUUAAAGUUGAACCAUAUCCUCAACAAGCACAAAUUCGUCGAUAUGUUAUUCGAAGUGCAAUUGGUACAUUUAUUUGGAUAGUUAUCAUUGUAGCAUGGAAUAUAACAUUUCAAUUAUUACGUACAAAAAUGGGUCCUCUUGGUGAUUUUUUAACAUUCGUUUCUCCACGAGGAUAUUAUUAA